AUGAAGGACUUCAAUGCGAUUUUCGAUAUUGAUUGGUUGGCUACCUAUAAGGUGAACCUAGCUUGCGCAGAGCAAUGGGUUGUUUUCAAACCUAUCGAUGGGGAAAAAUUUGUGUUCGAUGGUGAUGGGAAAAAGCGAUCUAAAAGGCUUAUCAUUUCGGCUCUUCAAGCCAAGAAACUUAUGGAUCAAGGGUGUGAAUGCUACCUAGCAUCCGUAAUUGACACAGAGGCUAAGGUGGUGCCACUAGAAGAGUUGAAGGCCGUGAAAGACUAUUCAGAAGUUUUUCUAGGUGAUUUGACUGAGUUGCCUCCUGACAGAGAGACCGAGUUUGCCAUUCACUUACUACCUAGAGUGGCACCGCUAUCCAAAGCCCCACACAGGAUGGCUCCAACACGAAUUGAAGGAAUUGUAGGAGCAGUUGAAAGAUUUGUUGAGGAAGGGUUUCAUUCAUCCUAG